AUGCCAUUUGGGCUAACCAAUGCACCUGACACAUUUCAAUCCCUUAUAAAUAAGGUGUUCCAACCCUUUAUAAGGAAGUUUGUGUUGGUAUUUUUUGAUGAUAUUCUCAUCUACAACAAAUCCUUGGAGGACCAUGUGUUACAUCUUUCUCAAGUUCUCUCCCUACUGAGACAGAACAUCCUUUCAGCCAACUUAAAGAAAUAUUCAUUUGCUCAACCUCAAUUGGCUUACUUGGGUCAUCUGAUUUCUUCUGAAGGAGUUGCUGCUGAUCCUGACAAACUAGCUGCAAUGCAGAAUUGGCCACAACCAACAAAUCUCAAGCAACCCAGAGGAUUCCUUGGUCUUACUGGUCACUAUAGGAGAUUCAUAAAAGGUUAUGGCACUAUUAGAAGGCCACUUACGGACAUGCUCAAGAAGGACUCAUUUGCUUGGUCUCCUGUUGCACUUCAAGCAUUCCAAGACCUUAAACAGGAUAUGACAACUGCUUAA